AUGCUCGUCCAGUCUGCGCGCCGUGGCCUGUCCUCGUCUCCGCAGCGGUCAGCAUCUGCACCGCCAAAGCAGCCGGCCUGCCACGAUGACGACAAGGACGGCGCCGGGUCCAAGGGCAGCGGCAGCUACGAGGCCGACGACAGCAACAAGGAGAACGAAGACCCGGACCAGACCAGCUGUCCCUCCCCGUCUCCGCUGCCCGCUGCCCGUGCCCGUGCCCGAAAGCUCUGA